UUUGCCUAAAAAUGAGUUAUGAAAUGGCUCUUUUGCCCCUUGCCUUAGUAAACUAGUAAGCCUGCUCGUUCUCAACCUCACGUACGCUCCCAGCCCAGGAGUCCGCUCCUCCCAGGCACAAGCAAAGCAGCCGCUCGCGGAGCUUCCCGGCGACCCUCCCGACAGUGUGCUCUCUGCUAGUGGCUCCAGCUCCUUCGCCCUCUCCUUCACUCCAUGUGCUCAUUAAUCUGAAAUUGGUUGGGGAUUUGAGCUGGGAUGGAUCCUGCUUGUGUUUCAGAAGGGGAUAAUUCAAAGAACCUGCAUAAAAUAGAUGUUACCGUCAACUCUUAUUUCGCCGUUCUUGAUGGUAAAAAGGUGUACAAUCGGGACAGAACAAUAAAUUUGGUUGUGAAUCCAGAACACUAUACACUUAUUGAUUUAGAGAAAGAUGUGGAUUCAUAUUUCAAAUGGGGUAGCUGCCAAAAGCCAAUUUUCUGGGUUGUUGAAAAGGGUGACAAAUGGCAAUGUAAGUUGACUUCAGAUGCUCAGCUUAGUGACCUGGUAAGUUCAUUCGAUCUGGUGAAGUUAUUUAUGACAAUGGGAAGAUGUAAGGAGGGAGAGGAGACACUGCAUGUUGUGACCGAUGUGGUGGGCAAGGAGAUGCUAGCUGCAGCAUAUCCGGUGGGCAAGGAGAUUGAUGUAGACAAUAUUGUCUAUGAAGAGAUGCAUGUAGAUGAGGUGAUUGGCACAACAAACAAUGGAGAGGAGGGUAUGCAUGAAGACAUGGACAAGCAACCAGAAUGGAGAGAAGUGCCUGAAUAUGGUCAAACAACUGCAGGGGCACCAGUGGCUCAAGAAGAGGAAAAAGAACACUUUAUGACAGCUGGGUGUGAUCCUGAUGGAGAUGAGCCGAUAGGAGCAAAUGAAGAAUGGAGAUACUUCAAAUUUGUUGAUGGUAAAAAUGUUCAACCAGUGAAUCCAGUGGAUGUUCAGACAAGAAGGAGGGCAAGGGCUAUUCCAGAAUUUGAUUUAGAAAGUGUCCCUGAUGAUGAGGCCGGUUUGGUAGAUGAUUAUGUUGUGCCCCAUACAACAUAUGACCAUGAGAAUCCAGUAAUCAAAGAGGGAGACACAUUUGAAGACAAGGUUGAAUUUCUUUGA